AUGGGGGCAGGGGACUUUAGGGAUGAGUUCCCAGGGUCAGGAGGAGAAAGGGAUGAGCACCAGACACUUGGAAAGGAAGUCGGAUGCUGAGAAGCAGGAUGGGGCAGAGGGAAGCUGGCUCAAGAAGAGCGGGUAAAGAACUCACUCUCUGAGCCCAGAAGUAGCAGUCAGGGGCUCAGGGAUUACAGCUCAGAGCCCCGGAGGGUCUCCAUGUUGCCCCUGUGGUGGAGAAUUACACACAGCUCCCGCUGGAUAGCGCAGGUCCUGGCCUCAGAGCUCAGCCUGGUCGCCUUCGCCCUGAUGCUGGUCAUGGUCUUCUCCAAGAAAUGGCUGUGCCCCUCUCAAAGCCGCUUCUACCAGCGCUGGCCCACCAACGUCAGCACCAGAAUCUACACGGCCACUCACGUCAUGUCCAUGGGGCCCCUGCGGAUCUGCAAAUGCAAGAGCAGUUCCAACUCAGAAAAUUGGAAUGUUAUCCUUAUUUUCUUCACCCUGAUGUUGUUUCCUAUUAACCUCUGGAUCUUUGAGUUGAAGAAGAAUUUAUCAGUCCCCAUCGGCUGGAGCUAUUUCAUAGGCUGGCUGGUGUUUGUCCUCUAUGUCACCUGUGCAGCCCUCUGUUACUUCAACCACCAACACUUCUGGAUGGUGAUUAUGAACCGUCCCUGUGGCACUAAGUUCUGCAGCAACUGCUCCAGCCCUCUACAAAACUUGCUGAAGAAGCCGAUUGUCUCACAUGCCUCUAUCACCCAGAGGGAAGUCCCGGAUCCUGAGCAAAAGAAGGCAUCUUCGUAA